UUUCCGUCUUCUUCUACCUACGCCAACAACUUUUUACUGUGUUCAGCUUUUCGUUCCCGUUUGCGUUGGCCUACAGACCUAAUUUUUUGCGUGCGUUGGUUGUGCGCGGAAUAGUUUUUCCCGAAAAAAAUAAACCCACAGGAAAUAAACAAAUAGCGAAGAAAGCGAAAGUGCGUAGCGAAAGGAAGUAAACAAGCGCAAAAGAACUGGCCGAAACUGCUAUCCGGUGUCCGUGUGUGUGUGAUUGUGUGUAUUUAAUAUUUCCAAUGCGUCCAUAACGGGAGUCUGUUUUCCGUUCUGCUCCCCCACCUCCGCCCCCGCCGCAGCCGUUCGCUAAUUUCAAUGUGCACUAUUUCGAUGAAAUUAACACACAAAAAGUGGGAAGCGUUGUGUCAUAGAAUUGGAGCAAUGGCAGAAAAGCAACACGAAAAUUAGCAAAAGAGCAAAUUUCAAAAACAACAACAAAAUCCCAAGUAGAACGAGGCACACACAGCCGUAUAUGUAUAUGGUGCGCCCAUGUGUGUGUGUAGUAGGAAUUGCAAUUUAUAGUUGUUGUUGCCCCGCGGAGAGCUUUCGCUUGUUGCGCGUGUGACGAUUGUGCAAGAAGUUUUUUCGCGUAAAAAUCGGGAUAAGGAAAUCAAAAGAAUUGCGAGAAUAACAUAAGCAGAAAUACAAAAAGCAUACAUAUACGUAUGUACGUAUAUAACGCCAAAUGCGUUCGGCGUCGCGUGUGUGUGCGUGUGUGUGUGCGAGGGGGAAACUGUUGCUGAGAGCCAGAGAGAGAGCCAGCAGCAGCGGUGGAGAGAGAGAGAGGAAGCCGCAGCAACAACGAUCGGCGAAAUGAAUCACACGCUAGCUUUGUUUUGCGAAUUAUAAAUUCGCGUUCUCCACAUAUGCGAAUUCCCACCGAACGACAGAGAGAGAGAGCGAGAGUGGAAAACCAACAACAAGACCAAGACAUAAUAAUAGAACUUUUGCUUUCGGUUCCAACUGGUUUUUGUAUACAUAAAACCGCCAGCGGGAGGCAGAGAAGGCGAAAGAGAGAAGGAACAAAGAGGCGGCAGCUUCCAGCUCUUCGUCUUCCUUUCCUGCGAUCUUCGUCGUGAAAUUCAUGGAAACCGGGCGCAUGCGCAAAACAACAAGAACUACAAAAAGGAAAUACAACGACGUCAGCUGCAUAAAAGGUUUUUAGUAACUAGAAAGCAAUCCCAAAAAAACCUACGAAUACUAUCGUUACCUGCCAUCACCACCAAUCACACCACCACACACACAUCACAACGAAACGUACAAAAGAUUAGGGUUUUAAAAGGAAACUAGUUGUUACAACGUAAAUAGUAAUAAAAUGGAUACCUUCAAUGUACCUUCCAUGCUGGCGGAGAGCAGCAACACUAACUAUGCAACAGAAGCUACCAGCAACCAUCACCACCUACAGCAGCAGCAGCAGCAGCAGCAACAUCAGCCUCUGUUAAUGCCCCAUCAUCACAAGGAUCAAAUGCUAGCCGCUGGCAGUACACCCAUGCUGCCCUUUUACUCCCACCUACAGAUGCAGCAAAAGGAUGCAACUGGGACGCCAACUGCAACACCAGUAGCCACAUCGGCGGCAGCAUCCGCAGCAGAUAACUUUAGCACGCUGCAGGCAAUCGAUGCCAGUCAACUGGACGGCGGCAUAUCCUUGAGCGGCCUCUGUGAACGCUUCUUUGUGGCCAGUCCGAAUCCCCAUAGUAACAGCAACAAUAUGACCCUAAUGGGCACUGCGUCAGUGGCAGCAAGUACCACUGCAACGGCUACUACUACUACCAAUAAUAAUAAUACUAAUAAUAACAAUAAUAACAUCACCAGUAACAACAACAACAAUGUGGAGGCUAAGGCAGUUAGACCAUCCAAUUCGGUGAUUAUUGAAUCCGUGACGAUGCCAUCGUUUGCCAACAUUCUAUUUCCCAACCACCGCACCAACCACGCCAGCAACGAGUGCAUCGAUCCAGCUUUGCUGCAAAAGAAUCCUCAAAGUAAUAAUAAUAAUAAUACCACGCUUAUUGUACCGCCCGUGGAGUAUCAUCAGUUGAAGCCACUCGAGGUGGUAAACUCCUCUUCCACCUCCGGUUCUGUGUCAACCAGCAACUUCCUCUCCUCCACCACAGCCCAGUUGCUAGACUUUGAGGUGCAAGUGGGCGGUGGCAAGGAUGAUAGUCACAUAAUAAGUACCACCACCACAACGGCUACGGGAUCAGGAUCCGUAUCCGGGUCAGGUGCAACGUCCACAACGACAACUGCCAAUCCCACAAGGAGUUCGUUGCACAGUAUUGAGGAAUUGGCCGCCAGUUCAUGUGUCCCAAAAGUCACAUCGCCCAAUAAUAGCAAUAAUAGCAGCAGUGCCAGUACAACACCACAGCAGCAACAUCUCCAGCAGCAGCAACAUCACAUGCAAAGCGGCAACAAUAGUGGCUCUAAUCUCAGCACCGACGAUGAGUCCAUGUCCGAGGAUGAAUUUGGUCUAGAAAUCGAUGAUAAUGGAGGCUAUCAGGACACCACCUCCUCGCAUUCCCAACAAAGUGCCGGCGGCGGCGGAGGUGGCGGUGGCAAUGGCGGCAACCUCCUGAACGGCAGCUCCGGCGGCUCAUCCGUCGGCGGUGGCUAUAUGCUCCUCCCCCAAGCGGCCAGCUCCAGUGGCAAUAACAAUAACACUGGCGGCGGCGGUCACAUGUCCUCCGGCUCUGUGGGCAAUGGCGGCGGUAAUGGUGGAGGCGGCGGAGGAGGAGGAGCAGGAGGAAACUCUGGUGGUCCAGGCAACUCGAUGGGUGGCACAAGUGCCACGCCAGGACAUGGCGGCGAGGUGAUCGAUUUUAAGCAUUUGUUCGAGGAACUGUGCCCCGUUUGCGGCGACAAGGUCAGUGGCUAUCACUACGGCCUGCUCACCUGCGAGUCCUGCAAGGGCUUCUUCAAGCGCACCGUGCAGAACAAGAAGGUGUAUACCUGUGUGGCGGAGCGAUCCUGCCACAUUGACAAGACGCAGCGCAAGCGGUGUCCUUACUGCCGGUUCCAGAAGUGCCUCGAAGUCGGCAUGAAAUUGGAGGCUGUUCGAGCGGAUCGGAUGCGUGGUGGAAGGAACAAAUUCGGACCGAUGUACAAACGAGAUCGGGCGCGGAAGCUGCAAGUGAUGCGGCAGCGGCAGUUGGCGCUGCAGGCGCUUCGCAACUCUAUGGGUCCGGACAUAAAGCCAACGCCGAUCUCGCCGGGCUACCAGCAAGCAUAUCCAAAUAUGAACAUUAAGCAGGAAAUUCAAAUACCUCAGGUAUCCUCACUCACCCAAUCGCCGGACUCUUCACCCAGCCCCAUUGCCAUUGCGCUGGGACAGGUGAAUGCCAGCACGGGCGGUGUGAUAACCACGCCCAUGAAUGCCGGCAACGGUGGCAGUGGCGGCGGCAAUGGUGGGGGUCUCAACGGUCCCAGUUCCGUGGGCAAUGGCAAUAGCAGCAACGGUAGCAGCAGCAGUACCGGUGGCGGCAAUAACAACGGCAGCAGCACGGGCAACGGUGCGUCCGGCGGAGGAGGAGGAGGAGGUGGCAACAAUGCGGGCGGCGGCGGAGGAGGCGGCGGUGGCAAUAACUCUGCCGAUGGCCUGCAUCGCAAUGGUGGCCACGAAGCUGGAAUAGGAUCUCUGCAGAACACGGCCGACUCGAAAUUGUGCUUUGAUUCCGGCACACAUCCUUCGAGCACAGCCGAUGCGCUAAUCGAGCCAUUAAGAGUCUCACCAAUGAUUCGUGAAUUUGUGCAAUCAAUCGACGAUCGGGAAUGGCAAACGCAACUGUUUGCUUUGCUGCAAAAGCAGACCUACAACCAGGUGGAAGUGGAUCUCUUCGAGCUAAUGUGCAAAGUGCUCGACCAGAACUUGUUCUCACAAGUGGACUGGGCACGGAACACGGUCUUCUUCAAGGACCUCAAGGUCGACGAUCAAAUGAAGCUGUUGCAGCAUUCGUGGUCGGACAUGCUGGUCCUUGAUCACCUGCACCAUCGCAUCCACAACGGCCUGCCCGACGAGACGCAGCUGAAUAAUGGCCAGGUCUUCAAUCUGCUGAGUCUGGGCUUGUUGGGUGUACCACAGUUGGGCGACUACUUCAACGAGCUGCAGAACAAGCUGCAAGAUCUGAAAUUCGAUAUGGGCGACUAUGUCUGCAUGAAAUUCCUAAUCCUCUUGAAUCCAAGUGUUUCAGAUGUUCGGGGUAUUGUCAACCGGAAGACCGUCUCCGAGGGACAUGAUAAUGUGCAAGCCGCUUUGCUGGACUACACCCUCACCUGUUAUCCGUCAGUUAAUGACAAAUUCAGUAGGCUAGUGAACAUCUUACCGGAAAUCCAUGCCAUGGCCGCACGCGGCGAGGAGCAUCUAUACUCCAAGCACUGUGCCGGCAGUGCGCCAACCCAAACGCUGCUCAUGGAGAUGCUACACGCCAAGCGGAAGGUGUAGAAUAUUGGGGACACUUCAGCAGAUGACACGGAAUACUUAAUCAUUUAUGAAAUGUAAAUAACGAGGCGAGCGGAGGCAGCCAGAGCGAAUGGAGGAGGAUACAGAAUUCCAUAUUUGAUAUGGAGAAUGCAUCAUCACUACUACCACAACCACCAACCACCACCAACAACUAUCACACACAUAUACACCACACACACACACACACACACAUUUGUUGAUUCAAUGUUUAAUUAUUAUUACGUUUACGGUUAGGUCUAGUUUAACGUUAAACUAAUUAAUUAAUUUUCGUCUUAAAUUAAAGCGUGUUUUUAAUUUGUGUAGAGUCGCGUCCCCCGAUAAAGCAAUUUUUAAAAGCGAGAAUAUAUUGUAGAAUGUAUGGUUAAAAAAUUUAAAGGGAUGCAACGAUCACCCCCUCCCAAAAAAAACUUUCAAAAGAAAAGCAUAAGAAAUUUUAUUUUUAUAUAUAUUGUACCUCUACAUAUACGAUACUUAUGGAUAAAAUCUAUAUAUAUAUUCGUAUAUAUAUAUAUAUAUAUAUAUAUAUUUUUAUGUAAAUUGGCGUUACUUUUUAAGCGUCCUGCAGCAGCAACACUUUUAACACUAGUAUUUUCGGUUUUACUCUGUAGUUGUUUUAUUUUUUCCAAUUAUCUUUCAUUUUUUGUGACUUUUCGCGCGCGCCAAGUGUCUUGCAUAGUAUUUGCGUCUAAUCUAAAUAUUAUAGAGAAGGAAAAACGAGGGAAAAUCCAUACAAAGCAAAAAUUAUAGGUGUUCAUAAUGGUAUGAAUGUAGUAUGUGUAUAUUAUUAAAUGUAAUUUCAAUUUAAGUGUGUAAGAAAACAAUGCAAACAACUACCUACAAGAAACAAGAGGAUGAAGAAGAUGGCAAGAAAUUAUAUAUAUACAUUAUAUAUUAAUAAAGAACAUGUUUAAAACGGCA